AUGUCGUCAGAAAAGGAAUGCAAUAAAAUCUUUCUCUUUUUCACUCUGUUUCUCUCUCUUUCUCUCGCUUGCUCUAUUGCUCUCUCUCUUUCUCUCACUCUCUGUUUCUCUAACUCUGUUUCUCUCUAUUUCUCUCGCUCGCUCUGUUGCUCUCUCUCUCUCUCUCUCUCUCUCUCUCGAUCUGUUUCUCUCACUUUCUCUCGCUCGCUCUAUUGCUCUCUCUCUCUCGAUCUGUUUCUCUCUCUUUCUCUCGCUCGCUCUAUUGCUCUCUCUCUCUCGAUCUGCUUCUCUCUCUUUCUCUCGCUCGCUCUAUUGCUCUCUCUCUCUCUCGAUCUGUUUCUCUCUCUUUCUCUCGCUCGCUCACUCGCUCUAUUGCUCUCUCUCUCUCGAUCUGUUUCUCUCUCUAACUCUGUUUCUCUCUCUUUCUUUCGCUCGCUCUCUCUCCCGCUAUGUUUCGCUCACUCUUUCGCCACUCUCUCUAUCUGUUUCUCUCUCGCUCUGUUUCUCUCCCUCACUAUGUUUCGCUCAAUGAUUCCCCCUCUCUCGCACUCUUUAUCUAUUUGUCUCUCGCUCUGUCUCUCUCUCCCACUAUGUUUCGCUCACUGUUUUCCCCUCUCUCGCUUUGUUUAUCUAUUUCUCUCUCGCCCUGUUUCUCUCUCUUUCGCGCGCACACACACAUACACAUCAGACAUCAAGAAAAUCACAGUCAAUAAGAAAGAGAGAUGCAACAACACGAAUCAAUUAUUUCUCUUAUCCCUCAUCGAACACCGCCACCACAUCUUCACUUAUUCGUUGCUUUUGCUUUCAUCUCCAACCGGCGGCGACGAAUCACUGCCUGGAUACUAA